CGAAUUCAUUUUAAUAUAGGUACUUGUUUACUGCCAGGAAAGGGGAAAACGUGUUUGCAGGAAAUGAGAGAUAACCGUUAAUGAUAAAAGCAACACUGAAGUCACUGCAGAAAGACCAACAUGGCAAGUGACUUGUGCAGCCACGUGAAGGUGGUUGUUCGAGUGAGGCCAAUCAGCGAGAGGGAGAAGCGUGAAAACUGUCGAAAUGUUGUUCAGGUUGUUGACAAUCACAUGCUCAUAUUUGACCCCAAGGAAGAGGAUACAUCAUGUUUUGGGUCACGAAGAAUACGAAACAAUAUCAACAAAAAGGCUAACAAAGACCUUAAGUUUGUUUUUGACCGUGUCUUCGGUGAGAACUCUACCCAAGAUGACAUCUUUGAGAGCACCACAAAAGGAGUGUUGGACGGUGUGAUGAAUGGAUUUAACUCCACAGUGUUUGCCUACGGUGCCACUGGAGCAGGCAAGACGCAUACUAUGUUAGGCUCGCAAAAUGAGCCUGGGGUCAUGUACCGCACCAUGACAGAGCUGUUCAAACGCAUGGAUGAUGCCAAGGAGGAGAAAGAAUUUUCUGUGGCAUUCUCAUAUCUUGAGGUUUACAAUGAACAGAUCAGAGACUUGUUGGCUAACGUCGGCCCGCUUGCCGUCAGAGAGGACAGCACUAAAGGAGUGGUCGUUCAGGGCCUCACACUGCAUCAGCCCCAAUCUGCAGCACACAUUCUUGAGGCUUUGGAUUUUGGCAAUCGCAACAGGACCCAGCACCCCACUGACAUGAAUGCCACUUCUUCCCGGUCCCAUGCUGUAUUUCAGAUACAUUUGAGACAGCAAGACAAAACCGCCAGUCUCAAUCCUAAUGCCUGCAUUGCCAAAAUGAGCCUGAUUGAUCUGGCCGGCUCGGAGAGAGCCAGCGCCACCAAUGCCAAAGGUGCACGUCUGCGGGAAGGCGCUAACAUCAAUCGUUCACUUCUUGCCCUUGGAAAUGUUAUCAAUGCACUUGCUGAACCAAAGAGUAAGAAAAGUCAUAUACCGUACAGGGACAGCAAGCUGACGCGGCUACUUAAAGACUCCUUGGGGGGCAACUGCAGGACAGUUAUGAUCGCCAAUAUUAGCCCCUCUUCCAAGUUAUACGAUGACACCCACAACACACUGAAGUAUGCCAGCAGGGCGAAGGAGAUUAAGUCCUCGCUGAAAAGUAAUGUUGUAAGCCUGGACAGCCACAUUGGCCAGUAUGCAGUGAUAUGUGAGAAGCAAAAGCAAGAGAUUCUACAGUUGAAGAUAAAACUGAAUGAAUAUGAGAAGAACACGGUGCAAGGGGCUUCAAACAUGAUCUCAUCGCAAAAACAGGCCGAUUUCAAAAGGGUGUCAGAAGCUCUGCAGCAAAUCUUCUCGGGCCGGGCCCUAAUCAGGAAUGAACAGCUGGAUCUGGAGAGACAACUGAAGGAGAAUGAGCUGCGCCAGCGGUACACUGAGGAGGACAACCUGCAGGUCCAAUGUUUCUGUGCCAAAGAAAAGACCGAGAAGGCUACUUGUAAGCACGAGCGGAAGAUUGCCAGCUUACGCACUCGGCAGCAACACAUUCACAAACGUUUGAAUGAGACGGAGAAGCGUUUCCUGGACAAUGAUGGCUUGCUUCAUCGUGUCGAGAAUGAGAUUAAGCUGCUGAAGUCAAAUGAUCAGACCUCAGAGGUUUUAGAUAAGAGCCUAUAUUGCCACAGACUGGAGCUGCAGGUUAAUGACCUCAAACAACAUAUUAAGCAGAUGGUCGAGCUGACUGCACUGCAGGAUCAGGAGAACAAGCGUAUGCAGAAAAUGGUGAACAUCUUGCUGCCAGCCUAUAGUCGGCACUACUCCACGUUGCGGGGGGCUGGGCAGGUCACCGCCGCAGACGAGAUGGAGAACCAUGAACUGGAGCACCUUGUGUUGAGGGAGAGAGGCGUGGUCUGGGCUGACCAGGAAGGGGUGGGGCAGCAGCUGAAAGGUGUAGAGGUCGGAAAGCUGGAGACGAAUGAGGUGGACCGCAGCGAGUUGGCACCUGUCCUCUCUUUCUCACAUCUGCUCUACCACCAGAGUAGCCCCUGCAGUGCAGAUGGUCGUACGAAAAGAACAUCGAUGUGCAAUGAGGCUCCAUCACCCAAAGGAAAACCGGCUGAAGUGAAACUGGAACCACGUCCCAGAAUGCCAAUCAGGAGAAAUUUGUCUGAGUCGCUGCCACAGCAAAGCCCCCAGACCGCUGCCAUGGCCCAGUUUGAGGAGAGCAUGUCCCCACUGCAGUGCACCCCAGAACCUUCACAGACCACAGUCUGGGUCCUGCCACAGAGCUCCUCCAGCGCCACGGACCCCAACAUGACCUUUGACGUUGUGGACAAUGACGAACAAACUGCAAGUAAUGCAACCAUUAUCAUUAGCAGCGGUAGUCCCUGUCGAGCAUCAACGGCUAUGGACUUCUCGGCUCCCAGCCAACUGCUCCAGCCGACUAAAAAACCACAGAUGUCGUCUUUACAAGAGUUGAGACGAACCAAGUUCCCGACCUACAUGGACAUGACGUCUGCUGCGCAACGAAAGCGUAAAAUGAUGUGCGUUCCAGAAGAUUUAACCCAGGGUGUCUCUGCACCAAAGCGCAUGAAUAAGGACCCCUCAGUCGCCCGAAGACCACUCCGAGUGCGUCGUUUUGCUGGUUUAGAGGAGAACAAGCCCCGCAGAGUUGUGAGGAGCGUUUCUGAAGGGAAUCUUCUUGAACCUCAGAAGUCAACGUCCUUUUUUCAUAAAACGUCUCAGCAGCUAAAGCGAGUGGCCAAACGCAUGUAAAGCGACAUCGUGUUUGAAUCACACCCGUUUGCCUUUAUGAACAUGUUCACCCUUUUCCAACCGUUUUCAUCCUGUCAAAACAUUUGAUCAGAACCCAAACUAGUGAUCCAUUGUGUAGGUUUCUCCACGAGAAAUGAAAAUGUAAAACAAGUUGCACUAUUUAGUUUUUGUCUUCGAUUGAGCCUCACACUGCUCUGGAACUUUACUUGACUUAAAAAAACAUUGUAUUGGACAUUUGUAUAGAUUAUUGUUUACGGAGCAAUUUCUUUUAUUUCUACUCCUUUUAGAUUUGAAUAUAUAUAUUAUUAAAACACUCACGUUCACACUAACGGCUAGAAUAAAAACAUGUACUGUGGAUGUUGUGUGUUUUACAUACGUUAUGUAUUUUAAACUAUUCUCUAAAUGAUUGAUUAAAAAAACUAAACCACUAAACACUGAGUUGUCUGUAUAG